AUGGAGCUGCUCCUCAAGGUCGCACUCGCAACGCUCUGCGCAACCUCGUGCAGCGGCCUCCGCGCACCAGCGCCGCGCCUCCGUGCCACAACAACGCGCGUCGCCGGGUCGCGCGUCGUCGACGGGUCCCUCGACGUCGACUGCCUCGUCGUCGGCGGCGGCAUCAGCGGCUGCUCGCUGGCGCACAACCUGCACCGGGGCGGCGUCGACGUCGUGCUCGCCGAGGCGCGGGACUACCUCGGCGGCAACGUGAUCUCCCGCGAGGCGGACGGCUUCGUCUGGGAGGAGGGCCCCAACUCCUUCGCGACGCAGCCGUCGAUCGUCCGCAUCGCGCACGAGCUCGGCAUCGACGGCGACCUCGUCUUCGCCGACGAGUCGCUGCCGCCCUGGGUGAACCACGGCGGCAAGCUCCACCCGCUGCCCAAGGGCCGGGGCGGCAAGGGCCCCCAGGGGCAGCUGGAGCUCUUCGCGCUCGCGGGCGAGCUCUUGUCCUGGCCGGGGAAGAUCCGCGCGGGCGUCGGCGCCUUCCUCGGCCACGCGCCGGCGCCGGCGACCGGCGAGGAGACGAUCCGGGAGUGGGUGACGCGGAUUCUAGGGGAAGAAGUCUUCCUGCGGUGCAUCGACCCGUUCGUGUCCGGGGUCUACGCGGGCGACCCGGAGACGCUGUCCAUGAAGGCGGCGCUGCCGAAGAUCGCGCGCAUCGAGCGCUACUCUUAUGAUAUUGAGUGGAACAAGUUCGGCGCGCUCUUCUACGGCGGCCUGGCGCGCCAGGUCGAAUUGACGAAGGAGCGGAAGGCGGCGCCGCCGGAUCCCGGGCAGGACAAGAGUGAUUCAACGCCGGAUCCCGCGUGGGUCGACUUCGAGUACGGCAACCCGGGCUCCUUCAAGAAGGGUCUGGCGACGCUGCCCCGGGCCAUCGCCGCGGAGCUCGGCCAGCCCCACGACGCCGCGGAAGUCAACGGCGACGCGCGCGCGAAGCUCGGGUGGCGGCUCACGGGCGUCGAGAAGACGGCAACGGGGUACGCGGCGGCCUUCGACACGCCCGACGGCGCCGUGGCCGUGACCUGCCGGUCCCUCGUGUCGACGGCGCCGGCCCACGCGUUGAAGGGCGUCUUCGACGACGUACUGCCCGGCGCGAAGCCCCUCUUCGAGGAGAUCCGGAAAAACAUCGGAAGAGACGCGGGCGUCUACCACCCGCCGGUCUGCGCGGUCACCGUCGCCUACCCGAAGUCGGCCUUCAAGGACGUGGAGCUGCCCAACGGCUUCGGGAACCUGCGGGACCUGCCGGGCUUCGGGUCGCUGAACCCGCGGACCGAGGGCGUCCGGACGCUCGGUACUUUAUGGUCGUCUUCCCUCUUCCCCGGCCGCUGCCCGCCGGACUACAACGUGCUCCUCAACUACAUCGGCGGCUCGCGGGACGUCGGCCUCGCGGACCUCGACGAGGCCGCCAUCGUCGACGAGGUCGACAAGGGCUGCCGCGCGGUGCUUUUAGCCGACGGCGCGCCGCCGCCCAAGGUCCUCGGCGUCAAGCUCUGGCCCACGGCCAUCCCCCAGUACGAGCUCGGCCACCUCGACAUCAUCCGGAGGCUCGAGGACGCGGAGAAGACGACGCCGGGCCUCUACGUCUGCGGCAACUACAAGUCGGGCGUCGCGUUCCCCGACUGCGUCACCUUCGGCUACGACCACGCCAAGGAGGUCGCCGCCUUCCUCGCGUCCAAGUAACCCUAGGCG